AUGCCAGCCUUGAGCGACUACGCCCAAUCUCAAGCUACUGGCUGGUCACCACCAGCACCUGUCACGCCGGAACUUAAAGCUAUCCAUGACAUCAAGAUUGAAUGGAAAAAACGCAUACAGACUACACACAAUGAGCACAAACGCGAAAAGCAACGCCUAGUCGUUGACUUGCAUAACUUCGAAAUAUACCGUUCUCCAGAUUACGAAAAAAGAGCGUACGAGCUAGCUUGCCUGCACUUUCUCGGUCUUCCGCUUAAUAAGAAACUAUGCUUCGAUGGCUUUGUACGCCUAGGAAAUAUCGAGCACUAUGUGCAGGGUGUACCAUUCCAGCAGUGCUCUAUCAAAGACUACACAGACAAACAAAAUCCAGAGGUCACGUCCUACAUCCAAUCUGAAAUAGCGGCCAAUGACAAGGAAUACGAUAUCUGGUAUCGGCUCACUCAACCCACACCACAAUAUCAGCGCCUCCAGGACGCCUUCCUCUGGAUAGCUCAGCUUGGAAAGCACGUCCUUCAUUACAUGGAAAGCGCUUCGCGCUCUCUCGCCUGCUUUCGUGAAGACUUUCACACCUUUCUAAAGGAUUCUUUUAGCGACAAUCGCGAUUUCGAAAAAUGGCAUGCGACUUUUCGAAAUCAAGUGGACUUCCGAGUUGCUGUUGUGACAUAUAUUGAGUACCUGUACAAGGAAGCCUCUCAUCGACCAAAUCCUAAUCAGUUUAUUGGGCAGCCAUUAUGGGUUGAGUGCAUGGCGAAACCUGUUACGCCUAAUAACCUGCGAAAGACAGGUCCUGAGCAGACGGUUGCUACACCAACUGUUUAUGCUUGUUUCAAAGACAUGUACUUCGGAAAGCAAAUUCGACCACAAGCCCCAUCUAAGGAGGUCCUUGACAAGCAAGAAACUAGGAAAAAGAAGCUUGGGUUUUUGAAAACACCCUCAGCGUCGCUUUCCUAUGCCGACUUGUCCAAAACCUGUCAGCCAUAUGGAGAAUCACAAGUAAUGGUUGGGGAUGUAGUAGCCGUAGUCCCAGACAAAGAAGACAGCAAACUAUGGAAAUAUACGAAACGGAAUUGGCUAGCAUAUGUACAACGCACGCAAACCCUCGACAACGGUAUUCAGCAACUGUUUGUAGUGUGGCUGUAUUGGCCUCAUGAUACCAACAUUGCCAAGGCAUACUAUCCUCUGGAAAACGAAGUCUUUCUAUCGGACCAUUGCAAUUGUACAGAGAGAGCGCUGCUAUCCACUGAAGUUAAGGGCAAAUACGAUAUUGAUUGGUGCCCUUCCAUUAUCAAUGCGAAGCGUCUUUUCGUCAGGCAAAAAUACAUAACAGAAGGGAGCUCAUUUGUGAGUAUGAAGGACAAUGACAAGACCUGCUCAUGUCAUAAGGAAACUACUCGUUCACCUUGCGCUACUACGUAUAAGUCUGGUGACACAGUCUAUCUAAAACCAUCAAAAAAUCACCAGUUACUAGAGCCAGUCGUUAUCCAACAGAUUGACCAAAAGAAGGGGUCGGUGACUGUGCGGAAGCUGUUGCGACUCGAGCGUGAUUGCGCUGAGCUAGCAAAGAAUCUGCACCGAUCGAAUAUUGCUCCAAACGAACUUGUACUCACGGAUGAAUAUUCCGAGACAAAAUCUGAUCGUUUAGAGCGUCACUGCUCUAUAAGAUUCGUCUCAAAAUCAGAUGUCACGACUAACAAGGUGCCCUUCCCUUACAACCGCCAAGGAGCAGGCCACCUAUGGUUCAUCUCAAUGGGAUUGAGUGUCAAGGAUGACCAAAAGAGGCUCGUAUAUCUUCGGCGCCUGCCAUGUAAUGUGCGCCAACGCACGAAAAUAGGUCUAGAUACCAAACUGAGAGGUGUUAGCCUCUUCGGUGGUGGUGGAGUGCUAGACAGAGGUCUCGAAGAAGGUGGCGCUGUGGAGUUUCGUACUGUUGUUGACUCCAGUCAACAUGCUAUCCGGACGCAGCAAGCGAACAUCAAUAAUCAUACGACAGUUUGUCUGUACUGUGGCUCAGUAAACACCUUUCUCGAUUCAGCGCUCAAGGGUGACACAAACUUCAUUGUUAGAGUUGGCGACGUAGACUUUAUUGCUGCAGGGUGUCCAUGCGUUGCAUUCUCCGGACUUCAGCAAAAUCCCCUAAGCCUGAGCUCACUGCAAAACGCAUCUCUCAUUAGUACAUUCUGCUCUUUUGUAGAUCUUUACCGACCUUUGUACGGUGUACUGGAGAACGUAUUGAACAUUUCAUCAGAGCGCGCCGGCUCAGCACUAUCUCAAAUGGUGGCUUGCUUGGUAUCAUUGGGAUAUCAAGUGAGCCAUUAUAUCAUGGAUUCGUGGAAUUAUGGAAGUGCACAGCGACGAUCGCGGGCAGUAGUCACAAUAGCAGCUCCAGGUCUCCAGCCAAUCGUGCAACCUUAUCACACACACAGCCGAUCUGAUGAAGAGGUUCGUUCAAGAAGCCUAGGCCAAUUACCCAACGGAGAAUUCUGUGCCGGGCGUCAGCAUUACCCAACACCCUUUUAUCAUGUCCCUGCAGAGACUGUUAGUUCAGGAUUGCCCAAUAUUGGAUACAGCACGGCACAAACAUGUAUACCAUACCCGGACCACCGGAUUCCGAACGUGCCUACUAGAAAAGAUCGGGCCCUACUUGAUUGCAUACCAAAAGAACCCCCAGGUUGUGGGUACAAAGAAGCGGAAGACCUUGGGCUUAUUCCGCUUCAUCUACGCAGGAAAAGAGAGAUCGGAAAAUCCUAUCAAAGAAUCAAAAAAGAUGGCUUAGUACCCACAAUUACAACCGGUGCGUCUAUUUCAGACUCAAGGAAUGGUGCUGUGAUGCAUUGGGAAGAGCCACGUACAAUCAGUCUCCAGGAGGCUCGCCGCGCGCAGGGCAUCCCUGAUGCUGAGCCGAUUAUCGGAACAAUCAGAGACCAGUGGAGAAUUGCCGGUAAUGGUGUGGACCGUAAAGUAGGUUUUGCUAUCGGAUUAGGACUGCUUCAAGCUGUUGAAAGCAACGACCUAGACACAAAGUCUAUCCUACAACAAGCUCAUGCCAAACGCACAAGGGAAGAGGACUUUGACUCUAGCAAACGGCCAAAGAAACAGGCACGAACCAGCAUGGCGCAAGAUGCCACUGCCAAUCUCGAAAACAGGGAAAUUUCCGUUGACCCAGUCAGAGAUAGCAGACAGAGCUUGACUGGUUCAACAGGUUCAACAGGUUCAACAGGCCCCACAAAGGCAAGAUACACACGGCACUCGGGACUGCCAGUUGAGUUUGUCCCGAAGAACUGGAGUAAAAAGGUGGAAGCAAAGCGUCGUGACCAGAUCUGA